GGAAACAGGAAGUGUGUUACGCGCCGCUCGCCCCGCUCUGUUAUGCUGGACACAAAAAGUGCCGACUAUCUGGGUGUCAAGCCAGUCCUUCCCAGAUGUGACCCACCAGGCCAACAAUGACAGAUGUCUGCAUAAAUACGAACUUCAGAGAGUGGCUAGCGUUAACCACGUACAGUACAGUCCGUACCCAGGAGGCCUUUGCCCAUCCGACACUGAAACCAGAGUAUCUAGUGGUCUAGCCAAAGUCCGCCCACCGCCGGCGCCGGCGCCGCCGCGCUCGCCCUCCUACACCCCCGAGCGCGUCGCCAUGGCGUCGGUGCGCUUCACGGUGACGCCCACCAAGGCGGAGGACCUGCCGGACGCCUCGCCCGACCUCAGCGCCCGCUCCGCCGGCCACGUGCGCUUCGGCUCCCGGGAGAGCGUGAGCCGCAGCGAGCCCAUCAGCGACUGCUCCGGGGGGCCCGCCUCCGGCAACCUGCCCGGGGCGGGGGGCGGGGAGACCCCCGACAGCAGCACCGCCGACCAAGGCGAUGGGAACUCCAAGAUGUCCAGCGUCUACAUCAACAACUCCCACGCGGUGGACGACGAUGACUUCUACGACAGGAACCUGGCGCUGUUCGAGGAGGAGAUGGACACCAGGCCAAAGGUCUCCUCCCUGCUCAACCGCCUGGCCAACUACACCAACCUGACCCAGGGAGCCAAGGAGCACGAGGAGGCCGAGAGCAAUGGGGAGAAGAGGAAGGCCAGCAAGGCCCCCCAGAUGGGGACCUUCAUGGGGGUGUACCUCCCGUGCCUCCAGAACAUCUUCGGGGUGAUCCUGUUCCUGCGGCUCACCUGGGUGGUGGGGGCCGGGGGGGUGCUGCAGGCUCUCUGCAUCGUCCUCGUCUGCUGCUGCUGUACCAUGUUAACAGCAAUAUCUAUGAGUGCCAUCGCUACCAAUGGAGUCGUCCCAGCGGGGGGGUCUUACUUCAUGAUCAGCAGGUCUCUGGGCCCAGAGUUCGGGGGGGCCGUGGGGCUCUGCUUCUACCUGGGGACCACCUUCGCCGGGGCCAUGUACAUCCUUGGGGCCAUCGAGAUCCUACUGAUGUACAUCGCUCCGCAGGCGGCCAUCUUCAUCGCCAGCGCGGCGGAGGGUGAGGGCGCGGCCCUCCUCAACAACAUGCGGGUGUACGGCUCCAUCUGCCUCCUGCUCAUGUCCCUGCUGGUGUUUGUGGGCGUGAAGUACGUCAACAAGCUGGCGUCCGUCUUCCUGGCGUGCGUCAUCGUCUCCAUCCUCUCCAUCUACAUCGGGGCUCUGGUCUCCGCCUUCAUCCCGCCGGACUUCUCGGUGUGUAUGCUGGGGAACCGCACUGUCAAUGGGCAUGCUCUCUCUGACAACCAAUGUGCCAAGACAGUGUUGGGGCAAUCCACAGAGGCAAUGGACCAAGGGGACGGGAACCUCACCUUCAUGGCCGAGAACUCCACCGCCAUCCCGCCCUCCGCGACCUCCCUGACCCCCAGCGCCGUAACCACGGCGAUAUGGAAACAUUUCUGCGACAGCUCGGAGCUCAACGCCACCUGCGACGACUUCUUCACCCACAGCAAGUUCACCACCAUCCAGGGGAUCCCCGGCCUGGCCAGCGGCAUCAUCACAGAGAACCUGUGGAGCACGUACCUCACCAGGGGGGACGUCCUGGAGAAGCCGUCCCUCCCCUCCACUCACGUGUCAGCCCCAGCCACCAAUCAGAGGCCCUAUGUGUUCGCUGACAUCACCACCUCCUUCACGCUAUUGGUCGGCAUCUUCUUCCCAUCGGUCACAGGAAUCAUGGCCGGUUCUAACCGGUCGGGGGACCUGAAGGACGCCCAGCGAUCCAUCCCCAUAGGAACCAUCCUGGCCAUCCUCACCACCUCCCUGGUCUACCUGAGCAGCGUGGUUCUGUUCGGCUGCUGCAUCGACGGGGUGCUCCUCCGAGACAAGUUCGGCGACUCGGUGAAGGGGAUCCUGGUGGUGGGCACGCUGGCCUGGCCCUCCUCCUGGGUCAUCGUGAUUGGCUCGUUCUUGUCCACGUUCGGCGCGGGCCUCCAAUCGCUGACGGGCGCGCCCCGCCUCCUCCAGGCCAUCGCCAAGGACAACAUCAUCCCGUUCCUCAGGGUGUUUGGCCACGGUAAGGCCAACGGGGAGCCCACCUGGGCCCUACUGCUGACGGCCUGCAUCGCUGAGCUGGGCAUCCUCAUCGCCUCCCUGGACCUCGUGGCCCCCAUCCUCUCCAUGUUCUUCCUGAUGUGCUACCUCUUUGUGAACCUGGCCUGUGCUCUGCAAACGCUCCUCAGGACCCCCAACUGGAGACCCCGCUUCUCCUACUACCACUGGUCCCUGUCAUUCUUGGGGAUGACCAUCUGCCUGGCACUCAUGUUCAUCUCCUCCUGGUACUACGCUAUCGUUGCCAUGGUGAUCGCCGGCAUGAUCUACAAAUACAUUGAGUAUCACGGAGCAGAGAAAGAGUGGGGUGACGGUAUCCGUGGUCUGUCUCUCAGCGCUGCUCGCUACGCCCUCCUGAGGCUUGAGGAGGGACCGCCCCACACCAAGAACUGGAGGCCUCAGCUGCUGGUGCUCCUGAAGCUGGAUGAGGACGCCCACGUCAAGUCUCCGGGCCUGCUGACCUUCGCCAGCCAGCUGAAGGCCGGGAAGGGGCUGACCAUCGUGGGCACCGUGCUGAGCGGCAACUUCCUCCACAGCUACGGAGAGGCCCUGGCCGCGGAGCAGACCCUGAAGCACCUGAUGGACAAAGAGCGCGUGAAGGGCUUCUGCCAGUGCAUCGUGGCCCACAAGCCGCGCGACGGCAUCAGCCACAUGAUCCAGUCCAGCGGCCUGGGGGGCAUGAACCCCAACACGGUGGUGAUGGGCUGGCCGCAGGCCUGGAGGCAGAGCGAAGACCCCCAGUCCUGGAAGACCUUCAUCAACACGGUGCGCAUCACCACUGCGGCCCACCUGGCCCUGCUGGUGCCCAAGAACAUCUCCCUGUUCCCCUGCAACAGCGAGCCGUGCUCCGAGGGCUACAUCGACGUGUGGUGGAUCGUGCACGACGGCGGCAUGCUCAUGCUGCUGCCCUUCCUGCUGCGCCAGCACAAGGUGUGGCGAAAGUGUGGGAUGCGUAUCUUCACGGUGGCGCAGAUGGAGGACAACUCCAUCCAGAUGAAGAAGGACCUGGCCACCUUCCUGUACCACCUGCGCAUCGAGGCCGAGGUGGAGGUGGUCGAGAUGCACGACAGCGACAUCAGCGCCUACACCUACGAGAGGACCCUGAUGAUGGAGCAGCGGUCUCAGAUGCUCCGCCAGAUGAGGCUCUCCAAGUCGGACCGCGAGAGGGAGGCCCAGGCGGUGAAGGACCGUACCUCCAUGCUGCGUCUGACCAGCAUCGGCUCGGACGACGAGGACGACACGGACGGCGCGGGAGAGAGGGGCGAGCGAGGGGGCGAGAGAGAGCGGCCCCCCAGCAGCGGCGGCGGCGGGGCGGCGGCCGGGGGGGGGGGAGGAGGAGCGGGGAACGCGGGUUCCUCAGAGAACCACCGCCGGGUCCAGAUGACCUGGACCAAGGAGAGGAGCCUGCAGUACCGGGCCAGCCACUCGGGGUGCUCCACGCCCGAGGGCUUCAGGGACAUGCUCAGCAUCAGGCCGGACCACUCCAACGUCCGGCGGAUGCACACGGCGGUCAAGCUGAAUGAGGUGAUCGUCAACAAGUCCCAUGAUGCUCGGCUGGUGCUGCUGAACAUGCCUGGACCGCCCCGCAACCCACAGGGAGAUGAGAACUAUAUGGAGUUCCUGGAGGUCCUGACGGAGGGCCUAGAGCGCGUCCUAUUGGUCAGAGGUGGAGGGAGCGAGGUCAUCACCAUAUACUCCUGAUUGGACAGCGGGAGGAGGCUCUGGGGAGAAUGAACAGGGCCACCAAUGGGAACAGCCCCUCAGCCCUGGGGGGGGGUGUGGCCUGUCCGUUCACCCAGUAAAAGACAGACUGCCACUGUUGCUGCGUUGAUCGACCCCCCCCCCCCCUUUUGUAUUAGCCACUGUCAUAAUAAGGAUCUUUUCCACUAAUGUCAUGCCACAAGAAUGCCAACACAAUCCUUCAAUAACAAACAGGUGAAAGUAUUUGUGUGGGUGUGUACGCUGUACAAACGUGUGUGUGUGUGUGUGUGUGUGUGAGUGAGUGUGCGUCGAUGUUUGUUCAUGCACGUGCACACUUGGCACGUGUGGCACUGGGACAGUAGUGUCGUGGGGUUUGAAUAAGGGGCCAGUCUGGUGCAGUGAUUGGGUCAACGGGUGCCCGAGUGGCAGGGCGGUGGACCAAUGACAAGCCAGAAGACACUGCCAGUGUUCUAGAGCUCUUGUCAGUGUUCUAGCGGCCGGUGUUCCACAGAUGUGACUCAGGGUUCUGUUGUGCAGAGAAUGUAUAUUGGAGGCAGCGAUGUGUUCCGUGAGUGUGUUCCGUGGAUGGGAUCCAGUUUCUUUGCUAAAGACGCGCACAAGCCAUCCUAAGAUAAAAAAAAAUGAGAACGACACGGUAGUCGUAGUAUCCGGUUUUGAAACAGUCUUCUGUAUGCUUACUUGAAAGUGUUAUUCAGUUGUCCUCUGAGGGACGGGGAAGGAAGAAUUAACUGACAAAAGUUCACCAGAGUGUAGCUUUCACCUCAUCCCUCAACUCCACCUCUCAAACCUUUCUCCUCUUCCCACCCACCACUGUACAUUACUGCUUUUGAACGUUUUAAAUGGUUUGACCCAACAUGGAAGAUUCCUAUACAAUUACACUACUUUUAAUAAGUUGCCAAAUCAUCAUCUCUCCACGGACAAUAUUAUGGAAAGUGUUUUAAAAGAGCUAGUACACCAUAGCUCCCUUAAGUGUAUUUUGGCCACGUGUGGGGUCCAAUUUUGUUUGUCAAAUGGAUGUUGAUUUGGAUGUGACUCCAGAUUCACCUGGAAAACAGGGGAAUUACAGUAUUGUGUGUGUGUGUGUGUGUGUGUGUGUGUGUGUGUGUGUGUGUGUGUGUGUGUGUGUGUGUGUGUGUGUGUGUGUGCCUGGAUGUUAUUAAUGUGUAAUUAGUGUGUGGGUCUAUUUGGCGCCAUGACCUGCUGCCAUUUCCUCAAGCUAAUAGUUUGUCCCGACACAGUGGUCUGUGGGCAGCUCUCCCACCACAACGCGUUUUCCUGCUCUCCACUAACCAAUUAAAAGGCCCCUGUUUAACCACCAGGUGGCGCAUUGACGAGCCAAAUAUCGACCCCUUUUGUGAUAGGAUUGGUGGACUGUCUCUACUGGCCAGGUUGGAGUCGAUCUGCCCAGCCUGCAUGCCACUUGUGAUGUCACAAAGGCAUGGGUUUUGGCAUGGUGUGCGCACGCCCAAGAACGUGAUUUUACAUCUCCAACUCUUAGUUAUGUGUAGGGAUGUUUGUUUUAUUUUAUUUUGUAUGAUUUGUUUCUUGUUCGCUUGGCAUUGAUUUUUGUUUUGUUGUUUAGCUGACAGCUUGUACAUAAAGACAAAUCUGAACUUUUAUCAUUUUUAAUGACAUUAAUAUAAAAUAGGAAUAUGACGGUGCUUGAAAUAUACGGAAGCAAAUAAACCAAUUUUGAAAUAAA